CAGACAGGUGUGUCAAACAGGUAGCAGCAGACAUGGAGAGGACCGGAGAAGACUCUACCGAGGCAGAACAUCUCUCCAAGACGGAGCAACAUCUUGGAGACACUCCCGAAGAAACCUUGGCGAACGCCGAGAACAGAGAAGAAGACCAGGGUCCGAGGCCGUUGCCCCCUCCCGUUCGGCGGUACCGCACAGCCUUCAGUCGGGAGCAGACAGCGAGGCUGGAGAAGGAGUUCCACCGGGACAACUACCUGUCACGCCCGAGGAGAUGUGAGCUGGCGGCCGCUCUUAAUCUACCGGAGACAACCAUCAAGGUGUGGUUCCAGAAUCGUCGAAUGAAGGAGAAGCGUCAGAGGAUGGCGUCCUGGCCUCACCUGACGGACCCCGCGAUGUCUCACCUGUGGUUCGGCGCGAAACAGCCGGGCCGCCCCCACGCCGGCUUCAGGCUCCCCCCUAAACCGACCCCGUACCCCUCCCCCUUCCGCAGUCCGUUAGAAACUAUGCUGGGGAGUCCGUACUUCCGUUUCCCCACCCCAGCAGAAAUGUUGUUCCACGCCAGUAGACACGCCCCUCUCUACCCGGACCCUGCCCUCCCCUUCACCGACACAUAUGGACUCUUCCGUGACCACCCUCUCUUGUCGUCUUCACUGCCUGCCAUGAGAGCGGAGUUUCCCAAACUGGACGGUUUCACUACGGCAGAGGGGUUCUCCCUCUUCCAGAAAGCCAAGCAAGCAGAACAGAAGGACAUGUCGAGGUGAACAGCCGUUUUUUCAGACGUUUCAGAACUCAAGCAAACCUACUACAUG